AUUUCAAUUUUCAUUACGUUUUGAGAUAAAGUUCUCGAAAGUUGAUCUUUAGUUUUAGUUUAGAAUUAAUGGAGAUGUGAAUUUGAUCAGGUGAUAAUCGUUUAAAAUCCUUGAACUUUUAGAAGUUUCUUACUUCAGGUCGAAUGAAAACAAAAAUGAUAGAGGUUGUGAUAAGAAUAGGGCAAAUGUUACCGGAGAGGUUAUUGCUGAAUUUGUAUUGAUUCGUCGAUGGACAUUAACUUUUUAUCAGAAAAAGUGAUUAAACUUCACGUCGAUCGUUUCAUAUGUGUUGAAUAUUUUACCUUUAGUCUACUUUAAGUGCGACUUGCAACAUGGAAUACGAUAAAAUUGAAGAUUGUGCGAAAAAUUUAGAAGAUUUGGAUCAAGAAUUCAAACAACUAGACGAGUUACACAAAGAAUACGUUACAAAGUUAGAAGCAGUUGGUGAAUUACAAGAAAAAUGCGUCAAACAAUUAAACCAUCAUCGGUAUCGACUUGGAAUCAUAUCAAAAUCUUUGAAAAAGAUUAGAAAAAAGAACGAACCGAAUGAAGUGAAUAAAUUAUUCAGUGAGAUUUCUAAACGCAAGAGACAACUUGGCGAUAUCGAACAAGUGCUACCGAAACCAAAUGGAUUGUAUUUGAAAAUUAUCCUUGGUAGAUUAAACGUAUCUAUUUUGAAUAAAAGUGACAGGUUUCGGUAUAAAGAUGAGUAUGAAAAAUUCAAGCUAGUUCUUAGUGUGAUUGGUUUCGUAUUAGCUGUAAUCAACUUGUUCACCAAUGUUAGGGUACUUGAAAUUAUAUUGUUAUUUUUACUCGUAUGGUAUUACUGCACAUUAACAAUCCGUGAAAGUAUAUUAAAAGUAAAUGGCUCUCGUAUCAAAGGCUGGUGGAGAUUCCAUCAUUUUAUGUCGACCGUUAUAUCAGGAGUAUUAUUAAUUUGGCCAAACACAGCCCCAUGGUAUUUAUUCAGACAGCAAUUCAUGUAUUUUAAUGUGUUCAUUAGUAUAAUUCAAUACUUGCAGUUUGUUUACCAACAAGGUGUUUUGUAUCGAUUAAAAGCCCUAGGAGAAAGGCAUAAUAUGGACAUUACCAUUGAAGGAUUUCACUCGUGGAUGUGGCGAGGACUUAGCUUUUUGUUACCAUUUUUAUACGCUGGAUAUGCAUUCCAAUUCUAUAAUGCUUACUCUUUAUAUAAACUAUCAUAUCAUCCAGAAGCCACAUGGCAGGUACCCGUACUCGCAGUUUUAUUCUUCGUACUAUUUCUCGGUAACACCAUUACUACUUCUAUGGUUAUACCACAAAAGCUUCAAGAACGUAUGUGCAAUAACAAAGACGAUCAACGAAAGAAAGCCAGCGACAGCGAUUCUAAGGAAGAUUGAAGGAGGAGCUAAUCCACAAAAAAUUAUAUCAAAUCUGUUCAGGUAACUGCGAUAAGAAUCAAGCCGUACCUUUGUGAUGUGUUGAAUUUUUUCUCUUAAUUCGUAAUGGGGAUCAUCGUUAAUAGAUAUUCGUUAUUUAUUUGUAGUUUAUUUUGUAGAUUUGUUAUCGGAAUAUGUUUUUGUGUCAUUUUUUUUCAUCUAACGUAGAAUUAUUUAUUAUUUUGGCGGCGUAUGUUGCUGUGUAAAAAACGCGUUAAUUUUAUACGUUUUGGCUAAUGGUCAAGAUCUCUUUUCUUUUUCUAAAUUGGUGAAUUAAAAAAGUAGUUUGCUAUUUUAUAAAACGUCAAUAAAAUAUUUUUAUUAAUUCAACAUCAGA